GAUUUCCUAAUUCCCUCCAUUGACCGACCCCUCUCUCUCUUGCUAUCUAAAAAAUUCUUAACAAAUCCCCCAAAUUUCACCAAAAAAACCCUAGAUUUCCUGAACCUUUUUUUUUGAACGGUGAUUUCCCGAACCCUAAAUCACCCAAUUUGAUGGAGAAUUCGGCUGCCGUGGAGUUAACGGUCGGCGGAGAUUGGGGGCUGCCGGAAGGUACACGUGUGUGCCGGAGAUUGGUUCAGUCGACAUUGUUUCCUCACAAGUCUCAGGAUAAUGGGAAAGAGAGCGUGGUUAAAGAAGAGGAAAAUUGUGGUGGGGAGGACGAUCAGGAGGAAGAGGAAGAGGAAGAGGAAGACGAGUACUGUGGGAGUCAAAGCGAUAAGAAGAAGAGAAAGCGAAAAUCGAAGCCAAAGGCAAAGAAAACUCCUCAAUCGCGUGCUCCCAAGAAGAUGAAAACCCCAGGCCAAACCGAAGAUUCUAAGAAGGUAAAUUGUUUGGCUUUUGAUGGAAAUUUGCCUAAUUUCGUGUGA